AGAUAUAUUUUAGUAAUAUCGUAUAUUGUGUUAUAAAACUUGUUUAUGCAGAAAAUAUAUAGCGAUAUUAUAAUCACUCUGUAUUAACUUGAUAAAUAGAUUUGUCAUUAUAUAACUAAACAAUUUAUGCAACUCGCUAUUAUAGAGAUAUUCAAAUAUUACAAAAUAUUCGCGUUAUUAUGUUAUCAAUCGGAUAAGUUCAGGGUAUAAUCAAAUACUCUAAUUGCAAAACAAGUACUAUACAAACUAGCGUUGUAACAAUCGACUGCAGACAAUCGAUUGUAGGCAAUUGAAUACAAUGGAUUAAUUUUUACGAAAAAAACAGUUUUUUUCCCUAUUAACUUCAUAGUUGUAUAAUCGAAUAAUAUUUUCUGGGUUCAAAAUUAGUUACAAAAACAAUUUUUUUUAUUAAACAUUUUUUUUAAAAAUCAGUUUAACAAUCGUUCUGAAAAAAUAAAAUCGAUUUUUUUCGAUUAAUCAAACUCCUUACAAUCGAUUGAAAAACAAUCGAUUAUUCGAUUAAUAGAUUUCGAUGCUAUAACACUAAUGCAAACUCUAGCAGAUAGUUUAAAAAUCAAGCAUGUUUGUGAUACAUAACCUAAUUUAAUUGUUUUGAAUAAUUCUUCCUAUUUUUUAUUUAAACUACGUCAAGUUAUAUUAAAUAUUUUUAUAUUCUUACGUAUUAGUAUUAAAAUGGCUUUAUCAAAAGAAUUGAUAAAUCGACUUGAUUCGGAUGAAGAGCCUUUAAAGAAACGUUUAAAAUUAGCACAUAAUGUUUUUUUUGCAAUCGAUUUACCAAUAACAAGAAAAGAAGAUUUAAUUUUACAAUGGUUAUGCAAAGUUUGCACAAAAAAAGAAGAUGUAUGGAGUUCUUUGAAAUGGUGUCUUAAAUCCGAAAAUUUAAAUAUUAAAGCCAAUAUAAAGAAAUCAUUGAUCGAUGUACUUGUACAGAAAUUAAACGGAAGUUCUCCUAAUAAGUGCAAUGAAGUUCUCGAAUGUUGCAAUUUACUAUUUUCAAGUACAGGAAUGCAACAAUAUUUAAGCAAGAAGCCAGAGGAUCUUCAAAGUUUAUUAAAAUCUUUAAUACAUUAUAUACAUAUGUCUUUUAAAGAUACUUUGAACAACAAAGAUCAUUUUAUAGAAAUUGAUAUAAAUACUGCUAAAAAUAUUGAUGAAUCAACAAUUAUGGUAUAUAAUACAAUAUUAAGUGUCAUAGAAAAUCUAAUGCAAAUUUAUAAACAGUCUAUAAAUACAAGAGAUGAAAUAAGUAUAAUAUUUAUACAUGAAGUUUUAUAUACCUUGUGUUCUCUGAUUGAUCAUAAAUGUACCGACAAUACCAGUCGAUUGGAAUUAACAGCACAUAAAUGCAUUCAGCUAUUAAUAUUUAUGAAAAAUAAGCAUGCACAAGACAAAAUAAAUGAAAUUGUACUAUCUGAAUUAUUUUUAAUAUUAGCAAGUAACAUAAAAACAAUGAAUCUCCAAAAUAAUUUAGAAACAUAUAUAUGUGUUUUUCGUGCAGUUGUUGGAUGCUAUAAAUCAGAUACUACUACAUUAGAUAUUAUAUUUAGAAAAUUGAUAAUCUCUGCUGGAAAAUAUAAGAAAGAAAUACUUAUAUCUUUUUUUUAUUACUUUGGUGAUACAUCAUUUGAUUUUGAAAAUAAAGUUGAUGAUAUUACUUUAUUACAAUUCUUUCAAAAAAUUGUAGAUGAUAUAUUAUCAGUGGAAAAAUUGAGUCCUGUUGAUUAUAAACUACUUACGAGGAUAACAUAUUUCUAUCCUACUCUCAUUGAAAAGAAAAUUGAUAAUAUUAUAUAUAAACUAUAUUUACAAGAACCAACGAUAGAACAUAAUGAUUUAUUAAUUAGUAUUUUGGAUGCCAGCAUUUUAUUAAGACAAGAACAUAAGAUAAUUUCACAACUUUUAACAAAUUUACAAGAAGCUAUUACUAUUGAAACUAAAUCUGACUUGAUAAUACAAUCAUUUUUUUCACUUGAAUUUAAAAAAAAAUUUACCAAGGUGAUCUCUUGUUUCACAAAUUCACAGGUUCUAAUAAUAUUAAAAAUUUUGACAGAUAAUUUAAACAGGAGUUGUAUGGAAUCAUUGAAGUGUAAUGCAACUAGUCACAAAAUAAUAAUAUUGAAAACAGUUGCUGAAUUAUUAAUUGCAUUUUUCAAUGGUGUGUGUAUUUUUGGAAAUACAUCUACUUUAACACAUCAACAAGAAUUCUUAAGUGUUCUUAAUGAAUUAGGAAAAAAUCUAUCUGUUUUGAUAAAAAAAGCCUUGCAUGUAAAUCAUAACACAAAUGUUAUUGCUGUUUUAUUGUCUGUUAUAUUAUCAUGGAGUGAAAUACAAAAUAUGACAAAAUAUUAUCUACCAAAAGUUAAGAAUCAUGAAUUAAUAUUUCCUAUUUCGGAUGAUCAUUGGCAACAAUUGAUUCAAAAAAUAACAAAUUUUGGUGAAGAGGAAUGCAGAAAUAAUAUGAACAAAGUUAUAAUCCACCGUAUUAAGUAUUAUGCCUUAAUUGAUUCUCCUAUCAAAUUUGAUACUUUAAUAGAUGGUUUGAAAUAUUUUUGGAGUACUAUUUUGAGAUACAAUUCAGAAAUAAUUUCAUUGUUAAAUGAUAAAGAAAUUUCUGAAUUAGUAUCAUUACUUGUAACAGAUAUGAUGUUAAAUGAAAGUAAAUUUAAUCACUGGAUGGAAAUAAUAACCAAAGAAAAUUUACAAGAAAACAGACGAUUUUUAAUAUAUCUUUUAUGCCAUGUUCUUGUUCAAAUUAGAACAAUACCAAUGAAAGGAGUCACAAAAUCUGUUAUACAGCAUAUUGACAUAAAAUUAAUUCUAUCAGCAGAAUUUGUAAGAAAAAAGAAAAUAAAAAAGAUUUUAGAACUCAUAAAAAAAGAAAUACUUGAAUGUAAAUGGGAACAGAUGGAAAAUACAGCAUUUAAUAAAGUUAAGUUGUGUUUAGAUAUUAUAGUUCAUAUGCCAUUAACAUUUUUUAAAUCUGAUGUUAAAGUUUUAUUAUUACUGGUCAUAUAUACCAUUAACAAAGAAUGCAUGGAAAAUGGAGAUAUAACAACUUUAUGCAACAAAAUAUUUCUUAAACUUUUUCAAACAACUGGUCUUGAUAUUUUACAAUAUAUAGAUCCUGUGUUAGUAAUAUGUCAAUUAUCUCAAUCUAAAGCUUUUUCAAAAGCAUUAGAACAAUCAUUACGAAAUAUUAAAUCUUAUGAGACAUUAAAAACAUUGAUAAAUUCAUCUUCUACUCAUAAAGAAUCUAUGUAUAUUUUCUUACAGUGCAUAGAAAACGUAAGACAGAAAUUAGAUGUUGAUCAAAAAUCUAUUUUUAAAAAAGCAGAACAGAAACUGUGUAAGAAAAUAUUUAACAUAUUACCAAUAAAUAUUGAACUACCUUGCGAUGUAAAGUAUUUGACAUUAAUAUUAAAAAUUACUGCUUUAAAUAAAGAAACUGAGAAAACUUUUAGAGAACGUGCAGAAUUAACAUUACAGAAGAUAUUUGUACCUACACAAGAAUUACAUUCCAAUCAGUUAUUGGAAGCAGGAUUACAAUUAGCUGCCAUACUUUUUCGAAAUUAUAAAGAAUUUGAAAUUUCUCCACAAAUCAGAACACAGAUAUGGUCUGUAAUGCUAAAGUUUCCCUGUGAAAAUUUACUUCUACCUCUGAUAGAAUCUACUGAAGCGAAACUAUUCCAAAAUCUUCUAAACUUGAUACAUUAUCAAAUGAUGGAAGAAUUGCCUAAAUUAAAUAGUAACUUAUUAGAAAAUAUUUUUAUUAUUUGGAAUGCUAUACUAAAAUCAGAUAUGUCAGCUAAACGCAAUAAAUUUCGUACAAUAGCAAUUGAAAACUUAUUUAAAAAUAUUCAAGUUGUAAACAUAUCAGAACAAUAUUGGUCAAGAUUAUUAGAAUUAUUUCAGAAUAUACUCACUUCUAAACAUUUAUAUAUAUCUAAUAAUAUUAUUGAUAUGAGUAUGAAUGUUGCUUUAAAAGCCUUAGAAAAAGAAACUCUUUCAAUAUGUAAUGAUGUUUUAAUAUUAUAUGGAAUUUUACUAAAAGUUAGAAUGAACAUAAUAGUAGAUAAGUUACCAGUGUUGCUAUUAUUAUAUAGACGUGUAAUUAACAUUAUAAUUCAAUCGUCUAAAAUUGUUAAUGAUAAAGUUGGAGAACAUAAAUGUCGAUGUCUCUUACUUGAUGUUGAAAAACUCACAAUAUGUUUGGUGAAACAGAAGAAGGAUAUGAUGCGUUUAAGUCCAUAUGUCAUAGCUGAUUUGAUCCAAUUAUUGUCCGAAGGAGGAUUAAUGCCUUUUGCAAAAAUUUCUUUGGAAAAUAUAAUAGCUACAUUAAUCAGCAUUUGCGAUCAACAUGGCAUUGCCUUGUUGUCACGUACUCUCCCAAUAUAUCUGCAAGAAAUGUUUAAAACUCAACUUGAUACUUUUAAUAAAUUUCAUAAAUUUUGCGGAAAGAUUUGAAAUAAAAAAUGAAAUUAAAUAUAAAUAUUUUAUGGACUAUUUAAUAAACUGUCUCUUUUGUUAUUUAUAUCUUUUUUUAAAUAAUAUAAUUUUUCAUAUAUUUUGUUUUUGUUAAGAAAUAUAAUAAACAUGAGGAAUAUUUUUGUCAAUAGUCUAACAACAGAUUACUCGAUAUCAUUUUGGUCUACAUUCAAAUACUUCAAGGUUGCAUCUCCAAACGAUAAAUAUAUAUAUAUGUAUUCAAAAACGCUUCUUAUAAAUUUACAGAGAAGAUCACAUCAACAAAAUUGUUUUUGCAAAUUUAUAUUCAACAUCAUAUUCUACUACUUAUCAACUGCUUAUUAUAACAUACCACAUUAUAUAAUGACCAAUAAGAAAAUGUUGAAGAUUCCCAUAUCUAUAUUUCUGUCCAUUAUGUAAACCCACCAAAAGCACAGAAUACCCAACUUUAUCGACAUAGGUUAUUUUGUACAAAUUUUAGUUCGAAUUAUAUUUAUAUUCUGAGUAGUUUUGAUAAUUUUUAAGUAAUUUUCGUAAAAUAUAUGAAAUAAAAUAUAAAAAAUGCUUAAAAAUUUUUGUUAAUAAUAAUGAGGAUUAAAAAACGUUUUGGGACAGAUAUAAUUAUUAUUACUAUCUUACUUAGCACACUUAGCAGUUUGUAUAUUUGGACACCA